ACGUGAUCGAGGAUCGACUUCUUCGUUUGUGGCCACGAGGUUUUGUGGUAAAAAUUGAGUUUACCGGGUGGAAAAGGCCCCCUAUUUUUGUAGUUAUACAAAAAUGCCCUCCAGCAACCCGUUGCCACCCAAAGAAAAUGCCUUGUUCAAGCGGAUCCUGAGAUGCUACGAACACAAACAAUACAAAAAUGGGCUGAAGUUUGCAAAACAGAUCCUGUCAAAUCCCAAGUUUAGUGAACAUGGGGAGACCUUGGCGAUGAAGGGUCUCACUCUCAACUGUUUAGGCCGUAAGGAAGAAGCCUACGAUCAUGUGCGUCGUGGUCUCAGGAAUGACUUACAGUCCCAUGUUUGCUGGCAUGUUUACGGUCUUCUGCAACGUUCUGACAAGAAGUACGAUGAGGCUAUCAAGUGUUACAGAAAUGCCCUCAAAUGGGAUAAAGAUAAUAUUCAAAUCCUUAGAGAUUUGUCAUUGCUACAAAUCCAGAUGCGGGAUCUGGAAGGUUAUAAGGAUACCAGAUAUCAGUUGUUUAUGUUACGUCCUACUCAACGAGCUUCUUGGAUUGGAUUUGCUAUUUCAUAUCAUUUGUUGAGAGAUUAUGAAAUGGCAUUGAAAAUUUUAGAUACUUUUCGAAAUUCUCCAAUGAUUUGUUAUGAUUAUGAACAUAGUGAGUUGUUAUUAUAUCAAAAUAUGGUCAUCCAGGAAUCAGGAGAAUGUGAACAGGCGUUAAAACAUUUAGACAAGUAUAGUGAUCAAAUUUGUGACAAGGUUACUGUCAAAGAAACUUAUGGUAAACUAAGACUUCAACUGAAACAGUAUGCAGAAGCGGAACAAGUUUACAAGGAGCUAUUAGAUAUUAAUCCUGAAAACACAACGUAUUACACUAGGCUAGCAGAGGCUGAAAGACACUCUUCACCAAGCGAAACGUUGCAAAUGCUUCAAAGAUACGAAGAACUCUUUCCUCGAGCAUUAGCACCGCGCCGUUUGCAACUCAAUUAUGCGACAGGAGAUGAAUUUAAAGUCUUAGUUGAUCGAUAUUUACGAAAAGGGCUUCAUAAAGGUGUACCACCGUUAUUUGUGAAUCUUCGUUCAUUAUACACUGAUAAGGAAAAAGUCGAAAUCAUAUCAUCUCUACUUGUGCAAUACAAGGAGGCAUUAAAACUUCAUGACCACUUUAGCGAUCAAGAAAAAGAUAAUCCACGAGAACCAGCAUCUGCGUUAUUAUGGACUUAUUAUUACCUAGCGCAACAUUACGAUUACCUCGGUCAAACGGAAAAAGCAUUGAUUGAGAUUGACGCUGCCAUAGAUCAUACUCCUACGCUUAUAGAACUUUUUGUUACCAAAGGACGCAUUUAUAAGCAUGCGGGUAAUGUUCAAGAAGCUUAUAAGUGGCUGGAUGAGGCGCAGGGGUUAGACACGGCUGACCGAUAUAUUAACUCUAAAUGUGCCAAGUACAUGCUCCGUGCGAAUCUUAUUAAAGAGGCGGAGGAGACGUGUGGGAAAUUUACGAGGGAAGGAGUUUUAGCUAUGGAAAAUUUGAACGAAAUGCAGUGCAUGUGGAUUCAAACAGAAGCGGCCAACGCAUAUAAACGUCUUGGAAAAUAUGGAGAAGCAUUGAAAAAAUGUCACGAAGUUGAUAGGCAUUUUUCGGAAAUUAUAGAGGACCAAUUUGAUUUUCAUACAUAUUGUAUGCGGAAAAUGACGUUGCGAUCUUACGUGGGUCUUCUAAGGCUAGAAGACGUUCUCCGAGCUCAUCCAUUCUACUUCAAAGCAGCGAAAUGUGCAAUGGAGGUUUAUUUGCGGCUACAUGAUUAUCCUUUGCCAGAUCCAGCGCAAACGCAAGAAAUCGACACUGAAAAUUUGGCGCCAUCCGAAUUGAAGAAACUAAGAAACAAACAGAGGAAACAGCGCAGAAAGGCCGAACUCGAACGACAGCAAGCCGCCCAGGCUCAAGAGAAAAGAGAGCAACAUAACAAAUCUCGGCAGCAGAAUGACUCUGAUCUUGAGCAGCCUACACUAGAUGAAUUAAUUCCGGAAAAACUGGAAAGGGUUGAAGAUCCACUAGAACAAGCGAUAAAGUUUUUACAGCCCUUGCAGGAAUUAGCGUCGAAUCGGAUAGAGACGCAUCUUAUGGCUUUCGAGAUAUAUAUUCGGAAAGGUCGUACUCUUCUCAUGCUACGCUCGAUAAAACGCGCUCAUAGGUUGGACAUGAAUAAUCCAGAUCUACAUACGUGUUUAGUCCGUUUUCUGUUACACACCAGUAAGUCACCGUUGGAAGGAGCAGUAGGCGAGGUAGUGAAGCGUCAGACCGCCGGAAUCUUUUCCAGUACGAAGGCAGCUCAAUUAAAUGCUGAGUACUUGAAGAAGAACAGGAAUUCAUUGCCGCAUCUGCUGCAAGGCUCAAGGAUGUUAUACAUUCUGGACCCGUCCGCACAGACGAAGGCGCUAUUCCUUGUGACAAGCAUCGAGGAACUCGAAGGCGUGACGCUACAGAACUGCACGAAGGUGCUUGAUGCAUUGCGCAACGGCGACUUCGGACACUGUGACGAUACGAUAGCCGAUUACAUGACGAAAUGCCACGUGCGAUUCCCAUUCGCUACCGCGUUUCGGCCGCCCGAACCGAAAACCAACAAUCAUCAAGAGAAAGAGAAUUCAAUCAAAAACUGAUCCAGGUACGCGCUAUUGCAGCGUCACUGAAUCUAUUAUCGUAAUUAGACAAGUCCAUGGAGAGCCGGGGUACGGAAGCUUUCUUCUGAUCUGCGUUAGAGGACGUUAAAAAUCACGUUUUUGGUGCCGUGGUAAAGAAAUGAAACGAAAUUGGCAAGAUAAUUAAUCGAGUAAAGCAUGUGUUACAUACGAACUGUUCUUCGAGAUAUUUCACGUAGUGCGAACAGUGCUGAGACAAUGCUGGAUAAAACAAUCCUAAUAAAUUAUAAUACAACGAGGUGCGGACCGCCUAUAGAUUCUGGAACGUGGUCCAGAAAUUUUACAGGAAGGAAAAUAAUGAGAAAAAAGAGAGGACGACUUAGCUAAAUAUUAGUUAACAAUCGAUUAAUUUGACACGUUCCGCUUAUCGUGAGCAGCGACGCUAAAUACGAGAGGUGGGAUGAGGAUGGGAGGGGAAUAAUCGAUGAAAGUGCGGACUGUUUUGUGGUACGGGACGUGCAGUGUGUAAAAUAACACGUGCGAGUUAACACAUUGGUACAAAAAGACAAGACUUGUAUACAUACAUACGCGCGCUCUAAAGCGAAUAUUUCUACUCGACUUAAGGUGUACAAUUUCCAGCGAUGCCUACAUAAUACUCUACUAUGUAGAGGCUGCAAAACGCUAGAUGAUCAUCGAAGCACCAAGUACUGUACCGUGCAUGUCCGUCGUCGCAUUUUGGAUGGACUCCGUUCCCACAUCGUGUACUAACUUCUGGUUCGCCUCAUCCGUGAACUGUUGAUUUCAAUGAACAAAAUGAUUCUAAUGCUUUUCUUUCUAGACACAUUUUAUUUUCUGCGUUUUUUGCCCAGGGUAAUGAUCUACGUUUGGAUUGGAGCCCUGAUAUUCCAUCGAGAAGUCAAUAAGGAAGUAGUGUCCGUUUGCGAAAGUCUCUGUGAAAGUUACUAUAGGAACGAUAAACUGCGUUUUGUAUACGCAAACUACCAAAGUAUAUCAUAAAUCGAAAGGCCGUUAGUGUGUUAAUAGCGAAUAUCAUCGUACAUAUGUACAUCGACGGAUUGCGGAAAUUUUAAUAAAUACAAGGUUUUUAAAAGCCUACCGGUACAAGUCAAAGGAUGUUAUAAUUACCUCGUUUGAAUUCCGAAAAUAACUGCAUAUUUAUAAGUUUUCAGUUUUCCCAUAAAAAAAUUUUUUUCAAUACGAGAUGACAUAGAUACUAUCGAGCUAUUAAAUAAUAUUUGUACAUAUUUCAGGUACUAUAUCAAUAAGUGUAUAAUGUCUUACGACUUUCUUUCGAAUGAGCGACAAAUGAGUUCGCCGCCGAUCAAUAUUGAAUGUUUAUCACCUACUCAAACACGUCAUAACAAUAAUCAUAAA